AUUUGUAUGGGAUUAAUGUUAGACCUGUCGCUCCUUUUGGAAGUGCUAGUAGCAAGCAGUUUGUUGAUCCUGCAUUGAUACACAGAGUGCUACCUGAUGAACUGCUUUUUGAGAUCUUGUCAAAAACAACCCCAUACACCUUGGGUAGGGCAGCUUGUGUUUGUCGAAAGUGGAGGUAUACAAUUCGGAACCCUGUAUUUUGGCGCAAUGCAUGCCUAAAGGCUUGGCAGGUUUCUGGAUUGGUAGAAAACUAUAAGGUCCUUCAGUUGAAGUAUUAUGGUUCAUGGAGAAAAAUGUGGCUUUUAAGACCAAGGAUUCGUACGGAUG